AUGCAUGACAAAAAAAACUCGUACCGAAGACAUCUCCAGUUGUGGCUGCCAGUAUUAACUCUUGUCACCAAAGAAACGCUCAAGCACAGUCUGCUCAAUCCUAAGUAUUUAAAAACACACGUAUGCCCUCAGUUUAAGCUUUUGACUGCUGUGUAUUCUCAGCCAGGUACUGUAGUAGCUGAGCUCCUACUCUGCUUCAGUAUUCCGUGCACGUGGCGAUGCUGCUGUCCUGCGCAGGCCUCGUCUCUGAAAGGGGUCUGUGCCGUUCUGGGCCGAUGUGCGUUUCCAGACAGCUCGGCGGUGACGCCCAGGAUCUUCAGGGGACCGCCUCGUGUCCUGAGUGUCCAGAGGCAGCCCACUCUGCCCGGCCGGGCCCUGGCUUGGAGGGCACACAGCACCCAGACCGCCGAGAGCUCGGAAGAGGAGCCCCUGCACAACAUCAUCAGCGACACGGAAGACGUCCAGGGGUACUGCAUCAGCAUAGAAUCAUCUAGAUAUCUGCAUCUUCUUGUUAUAUUGCCUUCCUUUGCUCUAUUGCUGGUCCAGUGCAGUUCUCACCCCCUGCCACCUUCUCUGCAGGACACUGGCAUUGGCAUGACCAAGGAGGAGCUGGUCUCCAACCUGGGCACCAUCGCUCGCUCCGGCUCUAAGGCAUUCCUGGAGGCCCUCCAGAACCAGGCGGAGGCCAGCAGCAAGAUCAUCGGCCAGUUCGGCGUGGGCUUCUACUCCGCCUUCAUGGUGGCCGACAGAGUGGACGUGUUCUCUCAGUGCGCGGAGCCGGGCAGCACCGGAUACAAGUGGUGUUCCGACGGCUCCGGGGUAUUUGAGAUUGCCGAGGCGAAAGGAGUGAGACAGGGCACCAAGAUCGUCCUGCACCUCAAGGAUGACUGCAAGGAGUUUGCUUCUGAGGACAGGGUCAAAGAGGUAGUCACCAAGUACAGCAACUUCGUCAGCUUCCCCAUAUUCCUGAACGGGCGGAGGCUCAACACCCUGCAGGCUCUGUGGAUGAUGGACCCCAAGGAAAUCAGCGAAUGGCAGCACGAGGAGUUCUACCGCUACGUGGCGCAGGCCUACGACAAGCCCCGCUACGUGGUGCACUACCGCACCGACGCCCCCCUCAACAUCCGCAGCGUCUUCUACGUGCCGGAGAUGAAGCCCUCCAUGUUUGACGUCAGCAGGGAGAUGGGCUCCAGCGUGGCUCUGUACAGCCGCAAGGUGCUGAUCCAAACCAAGGCCACCGACAUCCUGCCCAAGUGGCUGCGCUUCCUGCGAGGUGUGGUGGACAGCGAGGACAUUCCCCUGAACCUAAGCAGAGAGCUCCUGCAGGAGAGCGCCCUCAUCAGGAAGCUGCGCGAUGUUCUUCAGAGGCGUCUCAUCAAGUUCUUCGUGGACCAGAGCAAGAAGGAGCCCGAGAAGUACUCCAAGUUCUUCGAGGACUAUGGCCUGUUCAUGAGGGAAGGCAUUGUCACCACCGCAGAGCAAGACGUCAAGGAGGACAUCGCCAAGCUGCUGCGCUACGAGUCCUCUGCCCUGCCAGCUGGCCAGCAGACCAGCCUGCAGGACUACGCCAGCCGCAUGAAGGCGGGCACCCGCAACAUCUACUACCUGUGCGCCCCCAACCGCCACCUGGCCGAGCACUCGCCCUACUUCGAGGCCAUGCGCAAGAAGGACAUGGAGGUGCUCUUCUGCUUUGAGCAGUUUGAUGAGCUCACGCUGCUGCACCUGCGGGAGUUUGACAAGAAGAAGCUCAUUUCCGUGGAGACGGACAUUGUUGUUGACCACUACAAGGAAGAGAAGUUUGAGGACAGCAAGCCAGCCUCCGAGCGCCUCCCGGAGAAGCAGGCUGAAGAUCUGAUGUCCUGGAUGAGGAACGUCCUGGGGCAGCGUGUCACCAACAUCAAGGUCACCCCUCGUCUGGACACCCACCCCGCCAUGAUCACGGUGCUGGAGAUGGGCGCCGCUCGGCACUUCCUGCGCACGCAGCAGCUGGCCAAGAGCAGCGAGGAGCGGGCCCAGAUCCUGCAGCCCACGCUGGAGAUCAACGCCGGGCACGACCUCAUCAAGAAGCUGAAUGAGCUGAAGGACUCGGACCCCGAUCUGGCGCAGUUACUGCUGGAGCAGAUCUACGACAACGCCAUGAUCGCGGCAGGACUCAACGACGACCCCCGCCCCAUGAUCGGCCGCCUCAACGAGCUGCUGACCCGAGCUCUGGAGAAGCACUGACCCUUCGGACCCGCCAGCGCCGAACACAGGCUGCCAGGCUGCCAGGCUGCAUCAGGAGGCAGCGGGGCCUGGAAUCAGUGCGAGGACUGGACGUUUCAUCCAGGAUUUCUGGGGCUGGAGCAAGAGAUCGACUCUGAUAACUUUUGGUCUUGCAGCCUUGCCCUAAGAGGACGUUUACAGUAACCCCAUAGAAGAGGCCAUUACAGCAGAGAUCGAGAAGUGGGCUCCGAUGGAUCUUCACUUUAAAUUCAAUAUCGCAGUAGUGAGGAAGCAUCUUCAGAAAAGACUCAUUCGAAUCCUCUUUCUUCAUUUUCAAAGUAAUUCCUUGCAUGGAGAAUAUUCAUUAGGGCCGACAUCAAAUGAUUUUUCCUGGGUAUGAAGCAGGUCCUUUAUCUUCCUAACCUACUAUAUUCAGGCAGUGCUGUUGUGAGCUGAUCUGUGCCCCCUGAACCAUCUACUCGCAGUUGUUGUAUGUUUGUGCUUAACUGUUAGUGACUGUGAUGAAAGGGUCAGCAGAUGUGAAAGGGGUGAAAUUGGAUAUUGUCUCAAUAAAAUCCCUGCAUUCUUCUGUUAAGAGUUUAGUUGGGAAUGAUAAAGGACGCAGACAAACCUACGUGUUCAUUAGCCUGGAAUGUCUGUGUUCUUUCAGCCUUUUGUUUUUAUUGGGUAGCUGUGAAUUCUAACAUUCAAAAAUGUAGUUGGUAAUAAAGAGGCUUGAAUACUUUUUGCGAAA